CUUUUCGCCAGCAGGCGCAGACAGACGGCAAGGACAAGAGGAGGAAGAUGUCCAUUGUGAGACACAGCUCUUAGCCUGCUUGAACGCCCCCAAUGGCGCACUCUUUUAUUUAUUCAUGCAUGCAUGCAAACGCUUCGGAGUUCUUCGCCGGCUUCGAUUUGAACCAAGCAAACGUUCGAUAAAUGGACACCUGAUUGCCAAUGUGAUGCUGUCCCCGCUGUGACAUCAUGAAGAAGAACAAGUUGGGUCAUUGAGGACUGAAUGAAUGGAUCCAUGUGACCAGCCAUUUUGAUGAGAUCUGACGCGCUGUACAAGCUGGCAACAGCAUGCCAAGCGUCAAAGGGAAAGGCGGUUCUGCAUCCCAGCGGUACCAACCUGCCUCAGAGUAUGACGAUGCCACUCUGGCGCGCAGAAGAGAAUACUGGCGAACCCAGAAGCGGCAGCAGAGGGCCCGCCUUUCGGGGAACGGAAAGAGACCAACACGGGAGAGUACAGUUAAGGUCUGGCAUCUGAGUGCUCCUGCGGGCGUGAAUUGUACUUCAUCUAGGUCUCAGAGGUCUAAAAGCACUGAGAGCACUGCGACCAUGCUGACCAAUGGCAGGUCAGCUAACAUCACAGCACAACGCAGAUCACAACAGAAGACACACUUUGCGUUACGCUCUCGGAAACCUUCACACCCUGGAGUACCCUCCUCGUGGGACUCGGCACCUGUCAAGACAGAAGACACAGCGCCUCAAACAGGCAGUAACAAUGCAGACUCUCUUCCUCUGCUCCAGUCUGAGGAGGAGAGGGCGGCUCUGCGCCGAGAGCACUGGAGGAUAAAAAAGCGAGAGCAACGUGCCAAGAUGGCCGCAAAGCUCGCCAAAGCCAGAGAACGGACACAGAACAGAAACGUCACGUCGGGGAGGACGAGUGCUGCUCAUCCUCUUGGAAAGGUGAAAACACAAAUAGUAAUAAAUAAUCAUAAUAGGAAUAAAGCCUCCCAAAUGGGAAUUCCUGAUGGUAACUUGGAGAGGAAGCCUCCACAUUUUGUACUGUCCUCUGUCCCUCGAGCGAUCACCAGAUGCAGAACACCUCGGCAGAGAUUGAUAGACGCUCAAAGACAUCUAAAAGUCAAAUCCUUGUCUUUGGCAUCAACUUUUAACUUGAGACACAUUCUCAGAAUAGACUCCUGUGACACACCAGAGCAGAUCAUCGCCAAACAGAGGGAAUACUGGCGGAUUAAAAAGAGAGAACAGCGGGCAAAGAUGACAAUGGAGGCCAAGGCCCGGCUUAAGGAGAAAGACUCCGUGAUGCGACGAGUCCGACGCUAUCAGAAGAUCCUGGAGGACAUGAGAAGGUCCCGAGCGCUGGCCCAGUCGUCAGGAAGCAGUCUGAGCCAUGUGUCUGAGACUAUCGGGGGCUUCAUCAAAGAGGACGGAACGGUGUCUGUUAACAUUCCCCAGUUGGUUUCCUUAAAUCCCAACAGAUCCAAAAGUGCAGAAGGACUUCAUGCUUCAAAUCCUGUUGAUGCUAAGUGGAGACCACUUUGUGUCAAGCAGCUCCCCCCUCAGGUCAACGUGUCCCCUGUUAGAGCGGCCACUCAAAGCACAACCACAUCAGCCAUCCAAAGUGCCACCAGCACCCUCACUCUCACUCAUCCUCAAAGACAGCAGAAUUUAAUUCCUGGGAAUCCGUCCCCAGGUGGAUGUGUCAUGAGAAUGGCCGUGUCAAAUCGCGCGCUCACGUUGGAUCUGUCAUUGACAGAGGAGGCGAAGAUGGCCAAAAAGCGUGAGUACUGGCGGGUGAAGAAGCGCCAACAGCGGGCUGCGCGGGCGGCCCGACUGAGGCAAAGUGUGUCUGAGGCGAGACACACAGCAACUUUGCAGAGGAGGAAAGCCCUGAGACAAGCAGCAGCAACCCCUGUGGCACCAAGCAGGCCUCCGGCGGAGCGUUCAGGAAACCAAGCGCCUCAUUUAAAUGACAACCAGCCCGCCGCUCCAUAUGCUAAUGCCAUAAAACAGGAGCCCACACCAGCAGCUAAUCUAAAUGACGCCCCACAAGCAGCCAUAUGUCCAGACCUCAAACCCCCAGCCUGCCCUGCCUCCCCAGCGCCAUCACCUCCAGUGCCUGAGCCUGACCUAGCUGUGGCGGCAGACAGCCAGGCUACCACUCUGCUAGCUGUGGCCUCCAUGAAGAGGCUGCUGGAGGAGUCACUAAGCACGGUCAACAGCGAGUGUAAAAGCAAAGAAGCCCAAGUUAAGGCUGAGAUUAAAGAGGAGGCUUCAGAGCCAAAUCUAACUCCUGUGGCUCCCAUCGUUGCUGACUUCACACUGCAGGUCAAAACCCAGCCCCCCCUCAAGGACGACCAAACAGCACCUCUUUCUACCUCAGACAUGGUCCUCCUGCAGCCUACCUGCAAGGGGUCACCCCAAAGCACUCCCAUGGUCAGGAGGGAGGGCACACCCAGGCUUCGCCCUUCUAGGGCGGUGUCUCAUCAGAACUCCAGCUCAACACAGCCGCCUAAGCUCCAUCACCACCCUGAGCGCACAAGAGAGAACCGUAAUGAUGCCGGUUGUCGGAAGACGUUGGACGGGGUGGAGCAGAGCGCCAUGAGCAGCCUGCAGAGGAAGAGGGAGUACUGGAAGCUGAUGAAGAGGCAGCAGAGGGCCCGUUUGAAGGACCAGCUGAAGGACAGGCGGCUUCCCCUGAGAAGCAACCAGGCGCCAGCUCUGGUUGCCAACUCCAUUAAAGCCGUGAAGGCCCCAGCAAAACUUCUCCCCAAGGCGACCAUGCCUUCCUUUUCGUCAGGGAGCAAGAUUCCCACUCUACUAGUUCUCACUUCUUCGUCUUGUAGUGCUGAGCCGUCAACGAACUCAAUUAAAGUAAAGCACCCUGUCACCAGCAAGCCAUGUGAUGUGAAUGAGCCACAUGCCACGCCAGCUUCACUUAAAUGGACAUCCAGAAGCACAGAUUUCCUCCCGACUCUGAAGCCCCCGGACAACCCUCUUUCCACCAUCAACCUGCAUCCCAUUGAACCCCCUGGCCAAACCCCAAACCCCACUCUUUGUUCAAUUAAAAUCACUCAGACCUCCAAACAUUUCCAAGCCGUGGCACCUUUAAGCACCAUGGGUCCUCCCAAGCCUGUUCCUGGGGAAUCCAAGGAGGACUUUCAGAAGAGGAAGCGGGAAUAUUGGAGGAUAAAAAAGAAGGAGCAGAGAGCUAGGAAGGCUGUUGGUGAUAAGGGGAUCGCGCAGAGUAGAGUCUCCAAAUGCAAACCCAUCCUGCAUGCUCAGGACAUGCACAUUCAGCAGGAUUCCUGUCAAUGGGUGACCUCCAGUCCUUUGACGGAAGAAUCAGAACAUCUUAUCAGCAAUUCGAUGCACACUGAGGCCUACCCAGAUUACACAGUGCCACUACAAGACGAGCUUUUGUUUGCCAAUGACGAGCACCAUCCCGGCAGCGAGGACGGUCUUAUAUCGGAGCCCGCGUGGAGGAACAUCUACCUCAUGGACUACGACCCCCUCAACCAGCUGCUGGUCUGCAUGGUGUGCGGCAACCUGCAGUACUCCCACAGCCUGGAGGGGGUCCGGGCCCACAUUGACGAGGCCCACCCACACACGCUCACCCUGGAGCCCGCUGAGCGACGGUGCAUCUUGGAGGCCUGGGAUGAGCAGGUGUCUCAGCGGGAGCGCUUCUUUACCAGCCAGCUCCAGCAGCAUGGAGCUACUCUGCCCGAAACAUACAGGGAGUGACGUGCAGGGCUGGCCCCCACCUGGAGAGAGUAUCUCUACCUGGUUUAUUUAUUAGCAUGUUUCAAAAGGAAAACUUGAAUUGAAACACCACCCACGCAUCCAAAUUAGGUUUUCACAUGUCUGGACGAGCCCACACAUCAUAUUAAAGCACAAUAACGGAUAAUGUUGUUGUUGAUGUAUACUGUAUAUUAUUUUGUACACUUUCUUCUUUGACAGUACUCGAAGCACUUAAUCUUGUUUGAAACACUCGUUUUUUUUUUUUUAUUCUAAAGAGAUUUGAAUCUGUGUUGGCAGAAAAAGGCAAUAAGUACUAUGUAUUGGUAUGCAUCAAAUAUACAAUAAUCACUUGGAUUGAUCAGCCUUGGUCAUGUGACAGCUGUACAUACAAAAUACUGUAUUUGAGAUGGCAAAUUCACACUUUCCAGCAGCCUUUAUUUAUUAUUUAUUGCGUUUUUGACUUUGCUGGAGAAGAUUCCAACGGCUGCAGGGGAUCCCCUCCGAGUGUCUUUGUGACUUGUUUACCAGUUCAAAGGGAAUGUUUUUUAAAUGCCUUUCAAGGAAUAAAAGAUUUUGUACAUUGAAGGCCAUUCUGUAAGGUUUUCUUCUCUUGCUACGAUAGCAAACAAAAAGACACAUGUGACUCACUCUUGCUGUGAAUUCAUUUAUUACUGCAUUUGUACAAUGUCAAUUGUUGAAUGUCAUGCAGAGAGAGUUCCUCCUCCUUACUGAUGGGAUGUCUUCCUCACUACUUCAUCCCACUACUCCUCCUCGGCUCCUCCUCUUCUUCCUCCUCUUCUGGGGUAGACUCGUCCCUCUGGGUUUCUGGACGAGCACUGUGGUGGUGGGCUGACUCUGCAUAGGCUCCAGCCUGGAGCUCCCUGGGGCCGGGUUCCAGGCGGAAGAGGGUGGUGAUGUGACCCAGGAUGG